GUAUAACAGUAUUACUGAUUCUACUUUAGUUGGAGCAAGUGGAUUUGGUGUCGAAGUGGAAUUAAUGUUGCGCAAAAUAAUAGAAUUCAAUUGAAUAAAUAAGUAGUAUUAUUAACUUAUUCAGCAGUUUUUACGUUCACCGAUUAACAUAAUAAAAGAGUAGCAAAAGUCAAUUUUAUUUUUUUUAUAAGUGCUUCAAACGCGACAAAAAGAGAAUCAAUUGAGUAAACUACAUGAUAAGUGAUGCGAAAUUUACUUGCCUACUGCUAAAAACAUUAAAGGCGGAAAUAAAAGAUAAGCAAAGCAAAGAAAUUUAUCAAGGUUCUUUCGCCAUUUGUGAGUUAUUAACACAUGCGAAAAGUUAAAACUCAUUAAAAAAAAAAAGGUGAACAUCAUAACCUGCUGCAGUGAGUGUCACGUUUGGUAUAAAAAAAGAGUGAAACAAAUUUAAGACAUUGCAAAAUUAUUUAUUUUUGCACAGUAACCAAUUAAAUCGGAGACAUGGCACCAGCGCUAAGUAAAAUAGCGCAAAAUCAGAGCGCCAUCGUGGGAGUGGCGGGUGUUUCGGCCGCUCUAUGGAUAAUUGCCUAUGGCAAAAUGUCCAGUAAACGUAGAAAACCGGGCUAUGAAGACAAAAUACAAUACACAAUUGCAGAGAAGAAAGAUAAAAAGAGCACAAAAGCUCACGUGAAUUCUGUAUUCUUCAAACAAUUAAGACAGUUAUUGCCUAUACUCGUGCCUCGCUUCUGGAGUGUAGAAACUGGUUUGUUGUUCUUAGUGGCUGCCGCGCUUAUCGGUCGUUCCGUCAGUGAUAUUUGGAUGAUACAGAAUGCCACAGUCGUGGAGAGCACAAUUAUACACAUGAAUAAAGAUAAAUUCAAAUCUGCGUUACUAAAAUAUCUAGCCGCAUUGCCGAUGAUUUCUGUUGUCACAAAUAUUCUCAAAUGGAGUUUGGGCGAAUUAAAAUUGAGAUUCCGAACAAAUUUAACACAUCAUCUGUAUAAUCAGUACCUGAGCGGUUACACAUAUUAUAAAAUGUCCAAUUUGGACAACAGAAUAGCGAACGCCGAUCAAUUACUUACCACAGACAUAGACAAGUUCUGUGAGAGCGCCACAGAUUUAUAUUCGAAUAUCAGUAAACCGGUGCUGGAUAUAUUCAUUUAUGUUUAUCGUUUAACUGUGAAUUUGGGCGGCAAGACUCCCUCAAUACUUAUGUUGUAUUUGCUCUUUGCCGGCAUUGUGCUCACACGACUACGUCGCCCCACCGGUCGUCUAACGGUAGAGGAACAAAAAUUGGAAGGUGAAUUCCGUUAUGUUAACAGUCGCCUGAUAACGAACUCUGAAGAGGUCGCCUUCUAUCAGGGCAACACACGUGAGAAACUUACGCUGCUGGCCAGCUAUUCGAAAUUACGUACACAUUUACGUAAAUUUUUGGAAUUCCGCGUUAGCAUGGGCAUUGUGGAUAAUAUUGUGGGAAAAUAUUUCGCGUCAAUUGUCGGAUUUUAUGCAGUAUCAAUUCCAUUCUUCACGGACAAUCAUCCUUUGCUGUCGGGCGAGCAGAGUGGUCAACGCUUGCAGGCCUAUUAUACCUAUGGUAGAAUGUUAGUAAAAUUAGCCGAGGCUAUUGGUCGCUUAGUGUUGGCCGGUCGCGAGAUGUCGCGCCUAGCAGGCUUUACGGCGCGCAUGACCGAGCUAAUUAAAGUGCUGAGCGACCUCAAUAAAGGGCGAUACGAGCGCACUAUGGUGAAUAAUUUAUUAAAUGGUGAUAAUUGCUUCGGACCCAACAAAGGCAUCAUGACAUUCGUGGAUAAUAUUAUACGUUUUGAAAAAGUGCCACUGGUAACACCAAACGGUGAUGUAUUGGUUAAGGAAUUAACCUUUGAGGUUAAAUCGGGCAUGAAUGUGUUGGUUUGCGGUCCAAAUGGCUGUGGUAAAUCUAGUCUAUUCCGUAUACUCGGCGAGCUGUGGCCAACAUGGGGUGGCAAAUUGACGAAACCACCACGUGGUAAACUUUUCUACAUACCGCAACGUCCAUAUAUGACAUUGGGUUCACUACGCGAUCAGAUAAUUUAUCCACACACUCGCGACGAAAUGCUACGCAGCGGCAAAAGCGAUGAAGAUCUUAUGAAAUAUUUAGACAUUGUACAGUUAACUUAUUUGGAGCAACGAGAGAAUGGUCUAAAUGCCAUUGAGGAUUGGAUCGAUGUACUGUCGGGUGGCGAGAAGCAACGUAUUGCCAUGGCGCGCCUCUUCUAUCACAGUCCACAAUUUGCUAUAUUAGACGAAUGCACCAGUGCGGUGUCCGUUGAUGUUGAGGGUAAAAUGUAUAGCUAUUGCCGUGAAGCGGGCAUAACAUUAUUCACAGUGUCACAUCGUAAAUCGUUGUGGACGCAUCACGACUAUUAUUUGCAAUUCGAUGGGCGUGGCAGUUAUGAAUUCGGACCAAUCGAUCAAGCGAAAGAGCAAUUUGGCUCGUAAAAAUAAAAAAAAUAAAAACAAAAAUAAAAAUAAAAACUUUAAAAUUAGUAAAAUCUAAAUGCAUUAAUUGUAAUGUAGAUAAUUUAAUAAUAAUAAUAACAAUAAAAACAACAACAAUAAAAAUAACACUUGACGUCAGUAAUAAUGCCAACAUUCACAAGGCAAAAACUUGUGUGCACUGAGUGGUCGAAAAGUGUGCUCUAGAGGCGUUAAAUUUCCACAUAAUUUUCAAAAUAUGAUGAAAAAAUUAUUAUCUUCAAUUCUCAUGUUUGGCCAAUAUUUGCGUCUUUUGAACAGCACAAGUUGUUUGCGCGUUAUUUCAAGUGUUCUGGUGUGAAAAUUAUAAAAUUAUUAUUAAUUUUAAUUUUUUUUUUUGCUCAUUAUUUCAAUGGUGAUCUUUUAUAGUAUAAAUUACACAUAUGUAUUGCAUGUAUAUAUGUAUAUUUUACUUUUAAUGCUUAAUAAUACAUAUUUGUGUUGCUUAAAUAAUUGUAGUUUAUUUUUCUCUUUCCUUACUCUCGCUUAACUAAGUUGUGUGUAUGAUGUUUGUAUAUGUAAAUUGGUGCUGGCGGUAAAAUGUAAAAGUGGAAAUAUAUAUUGAAUUGGAAAACUCUUUUAUUCAUUUCUUUUAGUAUUUAAUUUAAUUUAACCAUGUAGCAGUUAUAUGUAUGUAACAUAACAUAUUUCCAAAUAUCUACAUGCAUAUACAUAUUAUGCCACACACAUUAUAUAGUGAUUACUGUAAAAUGCUUGUAAUUAAAAAUAAUAUAAAACUUAAAAAAUUUACUACGAAAAUUAAAAUAAAAUGAAUAAAGCAAUUUAUUUGCUAUCCAACUACAUACAUAAACUUGUAUAUACGAAAAUCCGCAUACUUGUAUGAAUAUUGUAAAAAUGAAAAAGGAAUCAAAUUUAAAUAAAAAAU